AAUGAGACAUAUCCUGGCAGGUUUGGUGCUCUCGAGCACGCUUGCUGCCCGUGCGUGGGCAGGGCAACCAACUCAGAUUUAUGGUGUUAAUUUGGGUUCAUGGUUAGUCCUGGAGCCAUGGAUGCUCCCUCAAGAGUGGUUGGAUAUGGGCGGACAGUCAUGUGCUCAGUGUUCAUCAUGCAUUGCAACUGAGUCGUCAUUUGCAAGGGCGUAUCCUGACACCGUCGACGCCGAAUUUGCUCAACAUUGGGACACAUGGUUUACGCAGGACGAUGUCAAUACACUGAAGGCGGCCGGUAUUAACACCGUCAGGGUUCCUCUGGGAUAUUGGAUCGUGGAGGCUUUAGUCGAUAGGUCGCACGAAUCAUACCCUCGGGGCGGUCUUGAUUAUUUGCGUCGGGGCUUGGGCUGGCUGAAAGAUGCCGGGAUCCAAGCGAUCCUGGAUCAUCACGCAUUACCCGGGGUUCAAACGGCUGGACAAAUGUUCACUGGAAAGCGAGUUCCCAUUUAUUUUUGCACUACCGAUGUUCAAUUCUACACUCCGUACAACUAUCACCGUGCACUGGUGUGGACAGCGGUCAUGACUGCGCUUUCUCACCUGGACCCUAAUUUUGGGAGUGUCUUUGCGAUCGAGGCAAUCAAUGAACCCAUUAUGAACGCGACUCUAACACCUAACUAUGGCACCUUCCAAAAGAACUUCGUCGAGGUAAUGCGUGCAGUUGAGCUCACACUCGGAAUAUUUGUGCCGUCAUCCAGUUUAUCACUAUCGGUAUCAGCAUCCGUCUCGAACAACUUCACCGCUGCAUUGAGUGCGACAUCUUCAGCAACCAUAUUCUCGGCGGAGGUGCAAGCGGCACUUUUAGACGCCGUUCCGAUUUUACUAGAGAUUGGAGUAGCGUGCGGUUUGCAGACCAUAUUCGAAGCAUCACCCUUUCAGUGGUCCCGUGAUUCAUUGGUGGCGAACUUUAUGGAUGUGAACUGGCAGCAUGACAACCCUUCUAACCCGGCUGACGUGGCGAUUGGCCCCCAAGCUUAUGACAACCAUUUGUAUUACUCGUUUGGCGGAGUUGCGGCUGCUGACCCGAAGUCUUACAUGAUCAGUAUCUGCAAUCUUACACGUAUCCAGGCUGACGCAGCGGUCGGCAACUCUCCGCUCUGGUUCGGAGAGUGGGGACUUCCGACACAGUUCAAUGCUACGGAUGCGUUCCUCUACCAGUGGGCCGACGCACAGAAGUUGGCCUACAGUAAAGGUGCUGGAUGGAUUUUCUGGAACUUCAAAACUGAAAUAUCAAACCUCACCAACGGGAAUGCCCUCGCAAGGCAAUGGUCUUACCUUGAGGGGUUGAAACUCGGGUUCUUGACCCAGGACCCCGCGGCGCUCCACGAUCCGAACGUGUGUGUUCCAUACACGAACAGUACCACUAAUAGCACUAGUUCAUGA